UCGAACCUGCAGAACGCGGAAAGGUAAGUAUGCCCGAAACUUUCUGAUAAGUUUAUCCCGAGGAAGAUCUGGUAAGAAACAUCUGUUAGCCAUCAACAUUUGCCACACACUUUUCAAUCAACAAAAAUCACGUGACUUGGUCAGUUUGACACGAGCCCGAGCGCAUCGCCUGUACACUGAAUCACUGCUGUCAUUCAGCUUAGAUGCGGUCAGAAGCGGCAUCAAUAUGAGGAACCGUUCCUUCAUUGUUUGGGUUUUUUUACUUGUCGACGGUGUGUUUGGUGUAGAUACAGGUGAAGUGAAGACAAUAUCAGUGAUGGAGGGAGAUUCUGUCACUCUACAUCCUGAUGUUACUCAAAUACAGAGAGAUGUUACGAUACUCUGGAUCUUCGGACAUAACAACUCUGUCAUAGCUCGAAUAAAUAGAAAAGAUGUAUUUUUCCGUACAUUUGAUGGGGAUGAUGGGAGAUUCAGAGAUAGAUUGGAGCUGAAUGAACAGACUCUAUCUCUGACCAUCAGGAACAUCAAAACUGAACAUUCUGGACUUUAUAAACUGAGCGAAGAUGUGAUAUUUGAGAUGUUCAGUAUUAUUGUCCAAGGUAAUGUGGAGUCAGUGUCAGUAAAGGAGGGAGAUUCCGUCACUCUACACACCGAUCUGACUGCAGUACAAAACAGUCAGAUACUGUGGAGAUUUGGAGAUAACAACAUUACUGACUUAAAUGGCAACAUAUAUGCGGGAUGGACAGGCAUAUUUUAUCUGAAUGAUCAGACCGGAGAACUCACCAUCAGAAACGUCCGAACCAGGCAGUCUGGAAAUUAUGACGUGAAGAUAAAAAACAACAACAUGUUGAUUUUACACAGGACAUUCCAUAUUAAUCUCAGUGGUGUGUUUAGUGAUGAGAAAGACGGAGUGAAGACGGUGUCAAAGAAGACAGGAACUGAUGUCCUUCUACACACUCACGUGAUUGAAAUAGAAAAAGAUGAUCCGAUAGAGUGGACAUUUGGACCUCAAAACAUUUCCAUAGCAAAAACUGAUGGAAAGAGCAAAAAUAUUUUAUAUAACUACAAUGAUCUGAGAUUCAAGAACAGACUGUAUCUACAGAUUGACAGUGGAGAUCUCACCAUAAGUGAUGCCAACAGUGAACACUCAGGACUUUAUCAGCUGAAGAUCAUGAACAACACAUACACCAUACAGAAGAGAUUCAGUGUUACAGUCAGUGAUUCAGGUCUGUCUUCAGGUGCUAUAGCUGGAAUUGGUGUUUUGGUGGUGGUCAUUGUAGCUGCUGCUGCUGCUGGUGUGAUUUACUAUUGCUGUAAAACCCCUCGGUCUGUAUUGUAAAGACAAAUUAAUUUCAACAAGGACAGAGGGAAUCGGCCCAAUGAUUCUUUAGGGGAUGAAUCCUCCAAUCAAGAUGGUGCAUCACCAAUGUAACAAUAUACAUGUGAGCUGUUUAAAACUGACCUAUUUGUUUAGCUGAUGUGUAACUGAACAAGAAUCAUGAGUUGGUUUCUUUUACAGCUGACAUAAAAGUAUGCAUCAAAUACUGUAAUCUAAAUCUCUGUUUAAAUAUCUCUUAAACAUCCAGCAUAGCACUACUCGAUGUAAGAACUUUUACAUAUGGUACUAUUUUUGCAGACAUUCACUUUUAUUUGCCUCAUUUUUGUUUAAUAUUUAUCCAAAUUUAAUUUUGUUUGACAUAUGAAUUCAAAUCAAUAAAAAAAAAAAAAAAAAAAUAUAUAUAUAUAUAUAUAUAUAUUAUAUAUAUAUAUAUAUAUAUUUUUUUUUUUUUUUAUGCCAUAUUAAACACAAAUUACUUUUACCCCAAAUGCUAUUUACUUGUAAUUUUACAUUUUUAAACUUUGCCACUAUCAUUUUGCCCAUUUGCCAGCAAGAAUAUUUUACUAAUUUAAAAUGUAAUGAAAUUUAGUAUGCUCUUAUUCUUUUAUAUAUUUUAGUGCGAACAAGUCAGAGUAUGUAUGUUGUUUCAAUUUUUACAUAAAGUGUUGCACAAAAUUUCACCUACAUUUUAACAUUUUAUUCUCCCAAAACUUAUUUGAAACCUUUAAAGUAGCCGUUUUACUUGCAUUUAAUGUGCUUUCUAUGUAUAACAUCACUUUUGUAAAUUUUUAUUGAUGUGGACAUCUAAAUGACUUUGACCCAUAAACAUAUAUACAAUGUGCAUUGUUUCAGAGCAGCUUUAUAGAAAUAGUUCUGCAGUGAGGAAAAACAUGUCAUGUCUAAUGCAGCUUUCAGUCUUAUGCCAGGGAAAACCAUAGACACAAUUGUCUUGAGUGUUUUCUGUUUUCCCCUUUAUUACUUGAUCAGAUAUAAACAUGAAAUCCUAAAUGUGAGCAGGAUUCAGACUCAGUACUGAUCAUUUCUGCAAUAGAGUAAAAACACGGAUUAAAAUUGAAAAUAAUAUUCAUCCAGCUGUUGUAAUUGAGCAUGAUAUAUAACUGAGAAUAAAAAAAAAAACAAUA